CCGCCGCCUGCCGCCGCCGUCGCGAUGCCUAUUUUAGUCAAAGCGGCUGCGGGCUUGGGGACCCGGCCCGGGCAGCGGAGCUUCCGGACCCGCCGACCCGCCGAGAAGCGCGCGUCGGGCUCCCGUCGAGCAGCUGAGCCCGUGUGCUCCGCGUCCCGCGCCCCGAAGCUGCCGCUCCGAACUUUGGUCGGCGCUGCCCAGGCUCCCCGCCAGGGACCAGCCAGGAAUUUUCAAAAUGAAUUAUACAGAGUCCAGCCCAUUGAGAGAAUCAACUGCCAUAGGUUUUACACCUGAGUUAGAAAGUAUCAUACCUGUGCCUUCCAAUAAGACCACUUGUGAAAACUGGAGAGAGAUACAUCAUCUGGUUUUUCAUGUAGCAAAUAUUUGUUUUGCAGUUGGGUUGGUUAUUCCAACUACUCUUCACCUUCAUAUGAUAUUUCUUAGGGGAAUGUUAACUCUAGGAUGUACCCUUUAUAUCGUCUGGGCCACUCUCUACCGAUGUGCCUUGGAUAUAAUGAUCUGGAACUCUGUGUUCUUGGGUGUCAACAUUUUGCAUCUGUCGUAUCUUUUAUACAAGAAGAGACCGGUAAAGAUUGAAAAGGAACUCAGUGGCAUCUACCGGCGAUUGUUUGAACCACUCCGUGUGCCUCCAGAUUUGUUCAGAAGACUAACUGGACAGUUUUGCAUGAUCCAAACCUUGAAAAAGGGCCAAACUUAUGCUGCAGAGGAUAAAACCUCAGUUGAUGACCGUCUGAGUAUUCUCUUGAAGGGAAAAAUGAAGGUCUCCUAUCGAGGACAUUUUCUGCAUAACAUUUACCCCUGUGCCUUUAUAGAUUCUCCUGAAUUUAGAUCAACUCAGAUGCACAAAGGUGAAAAAUUCCAGGUCACCAUUAUUGCAGAUGAUAACUGCAGAUUUUUAUGCUGGUCAAGAGAAAGAUUAACAUACUUUCUGGAAUCAGAACCUUUCUUGUAUGAAAUUUUUAGGUAUCUUAUUGGAAAAGACAUCACAAAUAAGCUCUACUCGUUGAAUGAUCCCACCUUAAAUGAUAAAAAAGCCAAAAAGCUGGAACAUCAGCUCAGCCUCUGCACACAGAUCUCCAUGUUGGAAAUGAGGAACAGUAUAGCCAGCUCCAGUGACAGUGACGACGGCUUGCACCAGUUUCUUCGGGGUACCUCCAGCAUGUCCUCUCUUCAUGUGUCAUCCCCACACCAGCGAGCCUCUGCCAAGAUGAAACCAAUAGAAGAAGGAGCAGAAGAUGAUGAUGACGUCUUUGAACCGGCAUCUCCAAAUACAUUGAAAGUCCAUCAGCUGCCUUGAUCAGAGAGAGAAUUCAGGUUACCAAGAUGGAAGGUGUCUUGAAGAGAUCCUGAAAAAUACCAGCACUUUUUCAUGGCUUUUAGGUUAUUCUGCUUUAGUGCAUCCAGACUGGUAGAGUCUGAGGGAGGAAGUGAGGAAGGGUCAAGGAUGGAAGAGUUCUUUCACUUACCUUUUUAUUAGUCAGCUUUUAAAGUAAUUGUUUUACUGAGCCUUCUGACUAUGCCUUGUUCUCUUUUGAGAUAUAUAUUUUCACAGUCUUUUCUAGAUAUAUUAUUGUUUUAACUUAACAAAUCUUAGCAAUCUCUCAAUGCCUUUUCACUUAUUUUUUUCCAAGUUAUGAUUCUUUUUCCUCACAGUCUUUUUUGUUCCAUGGCAAUGAGGUGGUCCAUUUGAUAAUUUUAACAAACAAUGUAAGUUUAAAAUUGAGGCUAAGGUAACAUGAAAAAGCAGGGAAUCUCAAACUUUAUUCCAUAUAUAUAUAUAUAUAUAUAUAUAUAUAUAUAUAUAUAUAAUUUUUUUUUUUUUUGAGAUGGAGUUUCACUCUGUCACCCAGGCUGGAGUGUAGUGGCGCAAUCUCGGCUCACUGCAAACUCCACCUCCUGGAUUCACACCACUCUUCUGCCUCAGCCUCCCGAGUAGCUGGGACUACAGGCACCUGCCACCGCGCCCAGCUAAUUUUUUGUAUUUUUAGUAGAGACGGGGUUUCACCGUGUUAGCCAGGAUGGUCUUGAUCUUUGAUCUCCUGACCUCGUGAUCCGCCCGCCUUGGCCUCCCAAAGUGCUGGGAUUACAGGCGUGAGCCACCGCGCCCGGCCUAUUCCAUAUUUUUUUAAUGGGACAUUUUAGAGAAAGGUGUGAUUUGACUGGUUUUGUUUUCCUCUCAGGCCAGAAGUAUUACUUCACUAGAUCACCUUACUUAAUUGGGCACUGUGUGGAUAACUUGAUAAUGAACAAAACUCUCAGAUUUUACUCACAUUACCCUUGUAUUAUGCCAUUUAUAAACUGCCCUGAAACCUGAAGCUGGAAAGAUAACAGAUGGGUUUCUGAGCACGGGGUUAACCUCCAGCUAAACUCAACUUCCUUGGGAUUUGGAGUCACCAUGUUGUGCACACUCUGGUGUGGGAAACACUUUAUGUAGGGUGGGAGGACAGGGGAGUUAAAUGGCUGGGCAGGUGCCACAGGAUGAGGCCACUGAAAGAUCUGCUUCAUUCUUUGAUCUGUAUUCUGAAGUUCCAGAUUGUUCAUCUAGAGGCAGAGACGUCUCUUUUAAAAAAGUGCCAGAUGCCCCAGUGCCAGAGCUGUGAACGUGAACACAGUGGAAGGCAGAGGGUUUACUACAGGCCAGGCCAUGGACACCCCACCCAGAUCCUGCAGUGAGGGCCUUGAUUCCAGAGCUCUCUUUUCUACUGAAAUCAUGGUUUAGUAAACAGUGGCAUUUGGCUGGUGGGAAAUGCGUAACUGGUCAGUGUGUCUGGCCAGCGUGGCUGUGGCACUUGGCCAGGAUGCUCCGUUGAAUGAAGCUCAUUGAUUGGCCAUGCUGGUCAUGUCUAUUUUGCUUCAUCCACUAGAACCAACUUUGAGUCAGUCUCCUGUUACGUUAAAUGGCUAAGAAAAGUUCCAAAUGAAGUUGUUCUCAGGUGAACUGAGCCAAAAGAAGCAACUCUUAGCAUGAGGUGAUUUCUGUUAGAGGAGACAUAUAAAUAAGCUCAUCUAGGGUCACCUCAUUUUCCUAAAUAUGUUUUUAAAGCAAUUAUUUUAGUAAUUUCAUUUGAGUUAAAUUUACAUGCUCGGUCACUCAUUGAAAAAAUUUAUGCAGACUCUGAAUCCAGUUCCUGACAUCUUCAGAUGUUGGUUUAUUGACAUCACAGUAAAAAGGCUACUGUCGACUGGACACAGUGGCUCACACCUGUAAUCACAGCACUUUGGGGGGCCAAGGUGGGUGGAUUGCUUAAGCCCAGGACUUCAAGACCAGCCUGGGCAACAUGGCUAAACCCCAUCUCUACAAAAAAAUUAGCCGGGCGUGGUGGUGCAUACCUGUAGUCCCAGCUACUCAGAAGGCUGAGGUGGGAGGUUCGCUUGAACCUGGGAGGUUGAGGUUGCAGUGAGCCCAGAUCACACCACUGCACUCCAGCCUGGGCAACAGAGUGAGACCCUAUUUCAAAAAAAGGCUGCUUUCACUGUACUGCUGCAGCAGUCUCUUCAGGUAGCUAAAUUAGGAGCUUGUUUUGGAGAAAUGAAGCAAAGGUGAAUGACAGCCUAGGCUUUGAAAUUAUAAAGCUCUCUCAGGUUGAACUCUCUCGUGCGCUCUCGCUCUCACUUUCGCCCUGUACCUGAGAGCACAGGUGUGACUGUGAUGUCAUAGUGCCGAGACUACUUUCAUUUAACCAUUGGGGUUAAGUUGGGCAGCCCAUUUAGUUUACACGCGCAUAAGACUAAUUUACAAAAUCACUCUAUACAGUCAUUAGAUGUAACAUCCUUCCCUGAGUAGAAAGUAAUGCAUGUGUUUGGAGAUUAUUUUCUGUAAUGCUGGGAACAAACCUGUUUUAAAAGCACACUGCUAAAAGUAGGUGAUAUAAGACCAUUUGCUGUUUUUAUUAAAGUAUGUGUAUGUAUCAGUGUCUCAAUGUGAAGAUUGUAACCUCAAGAUUAGGAAUCUUAAAAGAGCCACUUAGCCUGAAUGGGAAACGUGAAACUAUUUUUAAAUACACACCUCUAAGGAAGAAGCCCUCCCAUGUAGACUUGAUCUCAAAGAAGCAGAUAAGAAGACAGAAAAGUGUUUUAAGUGUAAGAUCUCCUAUGGAGUACUUUAAAUUCAUUUAUACAAAUGAAUAAGUGUAUCUUUGUAUAAUGCAUAAAUACAUAGAUAAAAACAUGUUUGCUGCCAAAGUUCCCAAUAAGAUGCUUCCUGUGUUUUUUGGCCUUUACUUAGCUGAAUCAUCAAAGUUCAGAAAAUGGUCUGCAAAAGUUACUCCAUAUACAACCCCAAAUCUACUACUUUAAAUGUAACAUCAACUCAGUUGUAUGAAUCUGGAGUGUAAUAUUUAUAUUAGAAUGUAUAUGUCAUUUAAAAUAUUUUGAAAGCCCUCAUAAAUAUUUAUAUUUACUAAACUAAUAGCAUAGACACUAUAUAAAUCCGCAGUGAUGCUUAUAUAUCUUAAAUUAGUAAUAAUGGGUGCUAUAUAAUUAUUUUCAGUUACUAUCCCUGACUCUCUGGAAUCUUCUCCAUUUCUCCCUAUCACUCAAUUUCAUUUUAAUCAUUGGACACCUUUGCGUUUUGCUGCUAACAGUGUGUGUAUGUCACCCUCUUUAUAUCUGGUUUUCCCACUUGUCUGAAGCUCUCCUGAUCUUAGAACCUGGAUCUGCAGAUUCCUCUGUGUCAGCUCCCAUCACGGCCCCAAAGACAGAGUCACUUGGUUGCUGGAAAAAUCUUUGGGGAAAGCUGGUAUAAGCUACACACUGACCUGUCCCCAGUGUUUCCAGGUAAUGACUUGGCACUCCAGAGAAAGUUUCAUGCUGUUGCGUGUGGUGGCUCCAAGCCAAGCACCUGGCAUGCAGGUCAGCCCUUCCCAGCAGGGCGUGGCGUCGUCCUCUUCACAGAUGCCACGUUGCAGCCCCAAGGCCUCACCAUUUUGCGUUUUUUAGAAACCCAUUUUCUUGGUCAUUUAUAAAGCUGCUUUAUAGAUAUCUUUGAUCCUGGCAUGCCUUGGUUUCCUCUCCCUUCCCUCUUUCCAAUCCUGGUUUCCUAACCUUCUCUUGUAGUAAUUCUCAACUCAAUUCAAAGUCCCAAGAAUUUGGAAUGGUAGGAUGCUGUGCAGGGAGCUCGAGGCUGAGGCGUAAUCACUGCUUCGGUUCUGCUCAUCAGGGGACAUGCUCCCUUACUCAUGUUUGAUUGUCACAGAGCCCCCCGAAUACUCUGUCUAUAGUGACACACUGUAGGUGUCAUAAAUUUUAAGAAACCUGCUUUUAAGUACUAUUUAUAGGUUUUUCUGUUAUACUUGCAACCUAGUUUUAAAAUACAUGAGGAUUUUAUGAAAGCUUUAUACAGACAUUUAUAGGAAACUCAUUCUUUGAUUUUAGGUGCCAUUUAAAUUGAUAACACUUACUUUAUAAAAAGAUGCUUUUUGUCUGGAUAGAGCCUUAUAGUUUAAGAUAUCUUCAUAUAUUGCCAUUUGAUCAAAUAAAUUUCUUACUUAGAAAA